CAAUACAACACUUAUUUUUUUUUUCUUUCUUUUCAGUUCAUUAUACAUACCAUGUUCGGAUUACGUCGUUUUGCCCUUGAAAAGCCUGUCAUCUUUUGGUCUUUUGUGAUUGGCUCUGUUGGUCCUGUCAUGGUUUUCACAGUACCUAAGGUUCGUCGUGAAUAUUUUGGAUACAAAGGUGUAGAAGGACUUCCUCUUACUUAUCCUCUUCCUAACCGGGCACGUAAUCCUCCUUCUGGCUAUGAAGAUGCAUAAAUGAACACCAAUCUCAAACAAAAUUGACCAUCCCUUAUAGAUAGUCCCACAACAUUCCCUUAUUUUUUUUUUUUAUUAUUACUUUUUUAGUUUACUUUUUUACACUUACAAAUAUAUAAAUAUAUAUCUCAAAAUUUUGUUUGUUUUUUUUCCUUUUCGUUAUAUUUUUUCUAUUUUAGACAAAUAAACUUCCCAAUUAUUAUUGAUGCAAUGA